GGAUGAGUUCUUCAAAGUACCUGCUCCAAAAUAUGAUCCAACUAAAUCACAACCCAUUGAACCGAUUCUAGGAAAACGAAAAACAAGUUCAUCACAACAUACCAGCACAGAUCGAAGUAAACAAAUCAAAAACGGACACCCAGGCGCAACUUUCAAAGGAAAAGAAAGAGCCAUAGACCCCGAACCCGAAGAAACCGAACCCGAAGAGUUUCUAGAAGACCAAGAUCAAGAUGAAGAUGGAAGGUUUUUUGGUGGAGGUUUGACAGGAGAACAAAGAGAGAUCAUGAAGAUCUUAGACCAAGAUUCGACAAAAGCAUCUGAAACGAAUUUACUUGAUCUUAGUUCGGUACGGAAGAUCUGUUUGAUGUUUGAGAGAUCUAUUAAUAGGAAUAGAGAGAUGAGAACUAAGUUUGGAGACCAACCUGAGAAAUUUGUGGAUUCUGAAUUCGAGUUGACUGAAGCUAUUCAAAGUUUAACAUUAUUGACUCAAGACCCUGGAAAGUUUUAUCCCGAAGUAGUUCGUUUAGGAGUCGUCGUCAGUUUAUUAGGUUUACUAGCGCACGAAAACGUUGAUAUUGCGAUUUCAGUAAUCGAGAUUCUAGAAGAACUAACCGAUGAAGAUAUCUUAGAUGCUCAUCAAGAAGACGAAGAAGCUGAAGAAGAAGAGAAUGAAGGAAAAUCAAAAGCACCAGAGGCUGUGAUGGAACUAGUGAACCGAUUGAUCGAACAUCAGUUAUUGGAAUUAUUAGUCUCGACGAUGGUUUCUAGAUUAAAUGAAAAAGAAGAAGCAGAAAGGAAUGGUGUCUUUCAUAGUCUAAGUUUGAUUGAAAAUCUGAUUUCUUUAGAUCCAUAUCUAUCAAUCCAAUUAAUUGAAAAAACUCCAAUUCUUAAGUUUUUACUUCAAAGAAUUAAACCUACGUCAUCAAACCGUGAUGGGAUUCCUUCUUCAUUGGCUUUUCAAAACCAACAAUACUCGAGUGAGAUCUGUGCGAUUCUUGUUCAAAGCUUUUCUCAGAACCGUCGAGCUUUGGUAAACGAAGGAGGGAUGGAUGUCUUAUUGGAAGUCUUAUCAAUCUAUCGAAAGCGAGAUCCAAAAGAUGCAGAUGAGAUUGAGUUUAUGGAAAACGUGUUUGAUACAUUAUGUAGUGUGUUACUUGAAGCUGAACACAAAGUGAAGUUCUUGGAAGGAGAAGGUGUAGAGUUAAUGGUGAUCAUGAUGAAGGAAAAGAAAUUAGCAAGGAGUCGAUCAUUGAAAGUCUUAGAUCACGCUUUGGUAGGUGAAGAGGGAGUCAAGAAUUGUGAACGGUUUGUUGAACACUUGGGAUUGAAAACCUUAUUUUCAGCAUUUAUGGGUAAAAAAAAUUCGAAUAAGAUAUCAAGGUUUGAAGAUGAUGAACAUAUUUUAGGUAUCUUGGUUUCUUUGUUUUUUAACCUUGAAUCAGAUUCAGCAUCGAGACUUAGGUUGUUGGCUAAGUUUGUGGAAGAUGGGUAUGAGAAGGUGGAUAGGUUGUUAGAGAUUAGAGAAUCGGUUGAAGUUAGACUUUCUCAAAGAAUAGAGGUACAAGAAAUGGAAUUAGAUGAAACUGAAGUUUAUCUAAGUCGACUUGAAGCUGGAUUGUUUUCAUUACAAUUGAUUGAUACGAUCAUUGGAUGGAUAUGUAUGGAAGAUGAUGGGAUUAAAGAUCAUUUGAAGAUGUUGUUGAAACGGAAUGGGAAAAGGUUGGAAGAUAUUAUAGGUGUUUUGGUUGAGUAUUUAGAGAGUAUGGGAGAUGGAAGUAAGAAGGAUGGGAUUAAGUGUUUGGUAGACUAUUUGGCGGCUCUUUAGAUGUUAUACCUUAUAUUUUCGUUUUGUGAAUUUUUUGUGAUAUAGAUGGGUUGUUUUGUUUUGUUGAGUGAGUCUUUUUGUGAAGUAUAAAUGGAUUGGAGCUUAUCAUUGCAAUCAGUUCUUGAUCAGUUU